UACCAGAAAGUAAUCUGUGCAGUUUUUAGCAAAUUCAAACACAAAACUUUGUAUUAAUUCUUAACUUUCGGUCAACCCAAUCUAAUUGAUUAUGUACUAAUAUUUGAAAAUAUUGCUUUAUUUACACUGUGAAAAUUAUUAGAAAAAGUUAUAAUUAUAAAUUCAGAAUGUUUCUUAAGAACAGAUAAAAAUGUUUGGCUUUUCAAAUAGUAACGCGCGUAUCUGUGUUACUUGUUGAAAACAUGUGAAUGAAAAAUGUAACGUUCAUUGAUGUAUACAAGGAAGGACGAUGAGAAUUCGCCAGAAAAAACAAUUGCCGUACGAGCCGGUCGUGGUUACGUUAUCACAAGGAUCAUAUCGUAUCAUCAUGGCCUCGUAUAACGAACAAAAGGAGGACGAGUUAGUUUCGGCGGCGGCUGCUAAAGUAGAAGCCGAGCAGCAAGCAUUGUUGAUUGCUUCUCUGCAGGAAGAAAUCAAAAUGUUAAAAAAGAAAUUACUAAAAACGUCAUCGCCAUCCACACCAUCACUAACACCUACGCCGCCAUCGAUCUCGACAUCAACCUCGGUACCCGCACCGACACCGACACCGACAUCGGAACCAAUAUCAACACCGACACCGACACUAGCACUGGUACCGGUACCGACACCGGCAUUAGAUUCGGCGACGUCAUCGGUAUCGACAUUAAUAUCAACAGAGACACCGAUACGACCCAAAAGAUGGAAACGUGCCGGUCGCCAGGUCCGUGAACGCCGUGAAGCUCGUGAAGCUGCUCGUAAAGUUCGUGGUGACCGAAACAUUCGUCAUACUUAUACGUUUUAUCUUUAAAGAGUUAUUCCGCACAGUAUAAAGUAUAAAACUUUUUGUACCGUUUGUAAUUUUGUAAACUAUAAAGAAUAUAUAAAAAUAUGAAAAGUACUAAAAUUGUUUUUUUUCAUGUCUUGCAACGCAAAGAUAGCACGUUUAAAAAGGGAUGUAUAGCUGAUUUGAUCUCGUAAACUGAUCUGAAAGAAAACCUAAUUGGAAUACUUUAAAUGGUCCACCCUGUAUAUUGCUCUUUGUACAUACUCGGGAAGCCAUUUUUAACUUGAGCUGGAGAUUUCCCCACACGUGGCGUAUUCAGCCAACUUGCGCCUUCAAUUUACCGUUUAUUCCAAUCGAAGCAUUUCUUCGCUGGACAACGUUUUCGAUAUGUGUUGAGAUACGAAAAUAGAUCGACGUUGUCUGCAAACUGCCGUUUUCUUUUAGUGAAGAAAUCGGAUAUCUCAGAGAU